CAACGUAGACAGCGUCGUCUAAGAGCUUGAUCUCGAAGCUGACAAUCUAAUCUCACAUCUUGUGUGUUCGUUGACCUGAUAUCCAUCACGCCAACACUACCCCAUCCCUCCAUUCACCAUCUACAAUGUCUUGCCCUGACUGUUUCCGCGGCGGCGCCGCAACUGGCACACCCAACGGCACCACAAAGAUGCUCCACGGCUUCAAGACUUACAUUGCCUCUCCCCCCUCCCUCUCCCCAUCUCCAUCCAACUCAACCAUCAUCCUCUACACCGACGCCUUCGGCCACCACCUCCCCAACAACCUCCUCCUCGCCGACGCGCUCUCCACCUCCACCGGCCUCACCGUCCUUGUUCCGGACAUCAUCCCCGGCGGCGGCAUGUCCCCUGCCAUCCUCCCCUUCAUGGACACCUUCUCCUCCCCCGCCGCCGGCGUGCUGAGUAAAGCGUGGGCCAUUGGGAGGGCGAUGGUGCAUGUGAUCCCGUUUUUCAUGCGCGCGAGUCCGCAGAGCGAGCAGUGCACUGCUUCCUGUCUCGAGUAUGCGAGAAAGGUUAAGGAGGAGUUGGGAGACGGGGGGAAGGUUGGGGUGGCGGGGUAUUGCUGGGGCGGGUAUCAAGCGUUGUAUAUCGCGAGGCAGGAGAGGGAGGGGCAGAAGGUAGUGGAUGCGGUGUUUGUUGCGCAUCCUGCGAGGUUUGAACCUGCGCAUGCUUCAGAUGCGGUGGAUAAGGGGGUGAAGGUUAGUUUUGCGCAUGCGGGGGAUGAUAUGGCGCUGCCGAUGGGGAAGGUUGAGGAGACGAAGAGCGCUUUGGAGGGGAGUAAGGGGUUUGAGAUCAGGGUUUAUGAGGGGUGUGUGCAUGGGUUUGCCGUUAGGGCGACGCCGGGAAAGGAGAGGGAGGCGAGUGCUGCGGAUGAGGCGUUGAGGCAGGCGGUGGAGUGGUUUGAGAAGUGGCUGUGACUGCUGUGGGUGGUGGAGAAGGAGGUGGGAGGUGAGGUUUUCAACAUGCAUUUGCGAGAGGCACUCAACAUGCUACCCCUUUGGGGCCUGGGCACCCAGGCACUGAAGGCCGACGAGCACAUGUGGUUUGAAAAUUGCGCUGGUGAGCAUCAGCUCAACCUGGUGAUAGUGCCUAGUUUCGUGGGGGUUGGUAUUGGAGGUCGAAUACUCAGAUCCAUAGCAGUGUUUGGUAAUGGAGGCAGAUGUCGAACACAGAGCUCUGAGCGUGAUACAGCCAUGAGGUUCUUACUGCAUGUAACUGAAGAUGUCACCGAUAGGAUCACGCAAGAUCGGGUCAUUUUCGAAUGAGGUUUGGCGCUACCUUGCUGAGAUUGGUCCUGCGCAGGAGAAUGGUGCGAGAACAUGAUAUUUUUGGAG